UGUUACUGUAGAUCUUUGCAAAGCAAAUGAAAUUGCAGAUGAGUCUCUGCGAAAUUUUGACUCUCUAAUAACAGAGUUUAUGAAAGAACAGAGAAUUCCUGGUGGAGCCAUAGCAUUAUCCUAUAAUGGCAGACUUAUUCACAGACAAGGUUAUGGCAGUGCAGGAAAUGAGUCAAGAUGUCUUUCAACAUCCUACUUCAGGAUAGCCAGCAUUUCUAAGACUAUCACAGCCAUGGCUAUAAUGCAGUUAGUGGAACAAAAUAAAAUGCAGCUGAAUGAUAAGAUAUUUAGCAGAAAAGGAAAAGGAAUACUUGCAAAUUUUGCCCCGGAUGGCCCCAGUGUCAAAACCCUGGAGAGAAUUACAGUGCGACAUCUUUUAGAACACUCAGGGGGCUGGGAUCGAGAGACUGGGGUGGAUCCUGUGUACCUUCCCCCUCAGACUGUCUGCCCUGAGGAACAUAAGGAAUCGACCACACCUGUGGCACUCUACACCAACUACCAUACAAAUCUCAUCAAGUACAUGAUUAAACAAACACUGGAUUUUAAGCCUGGAACUCGACAUGGCUACUCUAAUUUUGGUUACUUGGUACUUGGGCAAGUUCUAGAGAAACUGACAGGGAUACCCUUUCCUAUUUAUAUACAUGACAUCAUCAACCAGGCUGAUGACUUCUGGGUAUAUGAAGGAGAUGAGCUUCACAGACUGCACCCAAAUGAAGUCACAUAUUUUGAGAACAGUAAUAGUUUACAUCCCAGCAUUAUACCACAUCAAGGUGACAUCUGGAGCCUGCAAUAUGGAGGAUACCAUAUGAAGGGGACCGGUUCUUAUGGUGGAUUGGUGGCAUCUCCCUUACAACUUCUCUCUCUCCUCUCAACUCUAGAUUUGGAGCACUGUAAAGGAAACAGAAUCUUAUCAAGAGAAUCCAUUUCACAAAUGUUGGCAUGUCCAAAAUUUGAAAAAGGAAGUGAAUGGUAUGGACUAGGAUUGGAUGUGGAAGACAAAGGUCAAACCUGGGGUCACACAGGUUACAUGGAUGGAACCACAACGAGCUUCAGAAGAGACAAAAGUGGAUACUCCUGGGUUUUACUGUUCAAUGCUGGAGCUACGGAUCAGGACUUAGAUGGGCUUGUCAGAUUUGCUCUAUUUUAUUGUUAUGGACCAUCUGCUGGUCUGAACAUUUCAAGUGUAAAUGUUAAAAAGCAACAAAUUUCAUGUGCAGAUAAAGCUCAGAUAUAUCAAAUUCUUAUUCCACUUAAAGAAGUGGAAGAGCAUGCCUAUUCUCUGAAGUCAAAAGGAUAUUAUAUGCAAGACAUUGAUUUAGUUGUGUAUGAAAAUGCUUUUUAUGUUAAUAUGAUUUGGAACCAUAAUGUAGGCAAUAUUGAUUGGUUUUAUAAGAUUUACCACGAUGUGUCUGUGAGUGACUUAGAAACAGAGCAUGAUAUUUUUAAUCAGAUUAAUAGUGGUUUUAUGAUCCACACAUUAUCAAUAUGCACUGAUUCAAAAUGUCAAACUGAUAUAUAUACAGCUGUAAUUUAUAGAAGACAAAGAGUCCAGCAGACAAUUCAACAUCUUACACACCUGAAGGAAAUUUCAUUAAAAUCACCUUUUGCUAUAGAGAGCUGUAGUAAUAAUAUAGUUGUAUAUUCUGUUUGUUAUUUUUGUAAAAAGUCAUAUGUUUCAACAGUUUCUGAGGUGAGCAAAUCUAAAGAAUAUUCUGAUUUUAAAGCAGACAAUGAUUUUAAGACCUCAUUACAUUUUUGGAAAGAAAAGCAUAAUCAGAACUUAGCUGACACAGUUGUAAGUGGCAUAUCUGUUUCCUAUGAUUCCUUUAGUGAAAAUAAUCAAAGAAGUCCAGUGUGUGAUGGUUCUCAGUUUCCUUUUGUCAAUAACAGCAGUACUGCUACAUGUACCAGUAAAUCAUGCAGUAAAUUAAAUAAUGGCAAGGAAGAGAAAUCAUCCAAUAUUGCAAAGACAAACAUGGCAGAGGAUGAAUUUUUGGAUGAACUGCGUCAUCAAGCUCUUUUGCAUUAUGGAUUGAUUUACCUCCAAAUCUAUAAACUACCCAGUAGAAAAGACAUUUUUAUAAGUGCAGUAUGGUCAAAGUUCAAAGUUCAUGAGUGUUAUCAGAGACUUGGAGCAUCCAGGUUCAGCUUUAUGAAUGAGUUGUUGGAGAAUUCAGGGAAGAUAACUCCUCUAGAGACUAUCAGAGCUUAUGAGGAGGAUGGUGUGUUGUUGUUUGCAGGUAUCUGGACAGCUGGAAAAUUCAGAUCAAAGAGGCCUAAAACAAGAAAAUCUAAUCAGAAUCAAAGUUUUAAAAGAAAACUGAAAAGAGCAAAGUUGACUUAUGAUUUCACAAAACAAUGUAUCGGAGCCUUCAUUUCGUGUGUUGACUGUCUACGAACAAAAAUUAAAAUGGGAGUUGGAUGCAGCAGUGAUUAUGGCGGAUACCCCAACAACAUCCUUGAUUCCAACGUGCCACACCUGAAGAUUGCAAUAGUUGGUGAUACUGAGGUUGGAAAGACAUGUAUAAUGUUGAGAUAUCUGAAGAACCAGUUUAGUCCUAUGUACAUGCCAACAAAAAAGGCUGUUAUAGAGAGUGCAGUGAAGAAGAUAAAUGUUCCUGGUCACACAGUAGCCUCCCUUACUAUCUGGGACAUCCCAGGACGGGAAGACAUAGACCUCCAUAAAACAUACUUCAGGGAUUUAGAUGCUGCAAUAGUUGUGGUGGAUCUAACAGAAAUGAACAGCAUUGAGAUGGCCCCUGUUUGGAAGCAGACUGUCCUUAACAACACAUUUGUUACCUGCCCAGUUAAGGAGGCCUCCCAUGGGGGCCAGGUGAAGACAAUUACUAUGGAAGAACGCCCUGUUGAUAGAGAGACAUUUCCUAUUCUUCUGAUGGGGAACAAAUUUGAUGUGAUUGAACAAAGAGUUCAAGCUGAGAGAUUGAAAAAAUAUGCACAGGAGAGCCAAACAGAUGGAGAAGAUAAAAGGGUGUGGUCACUUGGUGAACCCCUGACCGAGGAAGAAAAACCUGAGAGCAUAAAGCUGUUAGAAAAGAUAGCAGUGGAUCACAAUUUUCAUGCCAGUGUGAUGGUGUCAGCCCGAGAUGGAGAUGGGUCAGUGAGAGAAGCCAUGCAGAAUCUAGUGAGACAUGUGCUAGAACAUAAAUACUCCAUGAAAAAAUACCGCAACAAGGAGGAGUCAAAGAAGCACAAAGAUAAGAAACGGAAGGAAAUAGAAGGACUGGAUAAAACAGGGAUCAAAUUAUUUGAUACUGAAUUCAUAACUGCCAGCACCUCUGUUAAGAAGAUAAUGACUUUAAGGGAGUUUUAUAAUAAGUCUUUAACCAAGUUUAAGGAUGGCUGUCAAUUAGCUCAGAUUGUGGAAAAGGGAGAGAAUAGUCUGGAAGACUGCAUCACAGCAUUGAAAGAAAAUAUAGGAGAGGGAGCAAAACUCAAGGUUAAAAGGGAUGAGGAAUUUUGCAAGCUGGAAAUUGAUUCCAAAGUAGAGGAUUUCAAACCAGCAAAGAAAAUUAGAAUCCUACUCAAUAUCUUCCACACAGAGUAUGCCAGUGUAUGUAAAACCAUACAGAAAGAGUGCCCCCUACUGGAUAAGAAGCUUCAGCAGCAGGAUGAGGCUAUAGACUCCAUGUGCAAGGAAUGCUGGGAGGAAGUUGCAAUGUUAGAGGGACAGCCUCGCAGUGAAGAUGAAAUCAAAAAUAUCACAGACGUUAUUGAGACCAACAGAGCUAAGAUGCAGCAUGCUUGUUUGGAGGCCAGAGCAGCGAUGAAUGUGGUGGAAGAAGCCAUGAAAAAAAUUAAGACAGCAUUUUUGUGGUGAAUGAAGCAAUACUUUGUACACUCUUCCUCAAUCAAAUUUUUUGUUCCUCUUGAUAUAUUUUUGCAUCCUUAUUCACCUUUUAAUUUUUGUGGACUGCAAAGGGAAGAGAAUUUACUUUUAUCCUUUUGUAUAGCAUUUAAAAUUAUACAGCAUUUACAAUUAAUAUACUGUAACAUAUUAAAUAAUUAUGUUUAAUCUAAAGUAUAUACAGUCAAAACUAAUUAUCUCGACCUCGUCAGAACCAAGAUUAAACUUCGAGAUAUCCAUUGAGCCCUAGUGUAAUACACAUUAAAAAAAGAGGUUAGGACUGCUGAAUCACUUUGACAUAUCCCUGGUCCGAGAUAUUAGUAUUUGAGAUAAUGAACUUCAACUGUUCCUUGUUUUCACUGUGUACAUGUACAGUAUUUGUAUACAUGUAUAAUAGAUAACAAGAGGUAACUCUGAUAUAGAGUCUUUCCCCAUGGAUAAUUUUUUUUUUGUUUAUUAAUACAUGUAUAAUAAUUAUUUUUGUGUAAGUCUGUGAUAACUGACCUUAAUGAACUUAUUUUACUAAAUAUAUCGUUACAUAAUAAUUAUUAUAAUGUAAUUUAUUUCCACAAAACUGUGUUUUUUGGGAUGAAACUUGGAUUUUGUUGGCAUAUUUUUAUUAGCCUAAAGUAUCAUUUCUUUUAGAUGUUUAUUUUGUGAUGAGCUGUUUAAUUAAAAAGAAAGAUGCACAAUUUAACUAUAUUUAUUUUUUUGAUAUUUGGAAUUGUUCUGAUUAAGUAUUAAACUUUUAUAAUUCUGUAAAACAAGUACAGACACUUGAUGUUAUAUAUUUUUCUAUCACAGAAUAUAUCCCUAUUAGGUAGGGCAUUUUUUUGAGAUAAGAAAAAAAAAUAUAAUGGCAAAUGUCUGUGGAUAAAGGUGAUACCAUAGCGCAAAAUGACAACAACGAAUUUGAAGGUCUAGCGGAUAUAAAAAUAUUCAUUUAUUAAUUUUUUGAGAAGGUGAUGUAUUGAUUCCUUAAAUUAAAAUUGACAAUCAUAUACUUGUUUAUGUUGAACAUUUAAUAUUUUACCAGAAACCAUUUUAGACUUCUGUCAUAUGAAUGUUAUCAAUAUUUUAGUCGAAUCUGACUUAUGUCUUCCCUGUUUUAAGAUAAGCUUUUGUUUAAUUGGAAACUUUAUAAACACAUGUACAUGUUCUAUUAGAAAGAAAUAACAAUGUAGUAAUGAAUGCAUGGAAUCCCCAAAAAUUACUUUUAAAUAUAACAUUACACAUUAUUUAUUAUCUGUCCUUUUAGUUACUAGUAGAUUCCAAAAAACUUAUUUAUUUAUUUGUUAUGUUGAUUCUAUGUUUGCCUUUGGUCAACAUUUUGGGUACAUGUAUAACUACUGUAUAUGCAUUCCUAUGUAUUUCGCAUGUACACUGUAAAGAAUCUGUUUGUAGUCUGGUUAUGUCUUAUAUACAGUGUAUAUGCUAUUUAUGUUAUUCACUUUCCUUUUAUGGAUCUGUCAGAUUUGAAGCUGGUCUUCACUCAUUUAAGAUUAAAGAAAGAACUGAAAAAGUAUUUCUUUU